UACACGUACACCGUCAUUGACUCACCGACCCUCACUCCGUAACGAUGCGGUUCAAGAUUUUAGAAAGACUGACUCCGACUGUAGGAGUAAGAACUGAGAUUGAUGACAUCAUGUCAGUCCCGCUGCUCGCCCAGCGGCUGCUCGGCCACCAGGUGCUCGACCCUCGGUGGACCCUGCGCAGGUUCCUUCCCUACCAGCUCGUAAUAGCCACUCUCUUCGUCUACGUCAUAUACGGAACCAAGAUCAUCAUCAGCCAGCCCGAAGCCCGCAUAGACGUGAUAGCCGAGGGACUGUACACCGUACUCACUGCAUUAAUCUGCCCUUUUAAAUUAGCCUGCCUGAUGUACACCAAGGAAACAUUCCGCGAACUCUACAUCAUGCUAAAGACUACGCUGUACAAAAUAAUCCAAAAGGACUUGAAGACCAAGGAAGCGGUGUUAAAGGAGAAUAGAAAGGUGGUGUUUGCGCUGCUCUGGAUUGUUGCGUUGCCGUUUUGGUCGUACCAGGUGGUUGCGCUGAAGGACUACGUCACUGGCAACAGAAGGUGGAUGUCAGACGCCACGGAUACUCUGCUGCCGAUGACGUCACCGUACUAUGAGCUCGGGUGGUUCUUCCACAGCGCUUUCUUUGCUGCGGCAUGCUGUAUAGUGAUGGUGAUAGACCUGUGGUUUGUCGUGUUGAUGCUGUACUUCUGCAAGGCGAGCGAGGUGGUGGUGAAGAUUCUAGCUGUUGACAGGAUACAGCCAGAUGAAACGCCGCUUGCUUAUGCAGCGAGACUUGAUAGAAGCCUAAGGAAAUUCUAUAAAAAUCAUAUUAAAUUAGUAAAGUUUACCUUGAAGUUAUCUGAAAUGUGGCGCUGGAUGGCUCUGAUUCCUCUGAUGAACGCAGCCAUGUCCAUAUGCAAUAUUCUCCUGGUGCUGAGCCAUGGAAUAGACUUGAAGUUCGUGCCUCAUAUUUUCCCAUUGUUUUGCGAGGUAUUUGUGUACAGUUACUUCGGUGAGCAACUCAAAUCAAAGAUGAUAGAGAUAAGAACUGCACUGCUCGAGUUUGACUGGACAAGUUUGGUCAAGAAAAAUCGCCAGCACUACUACAUCAUCGUGCUGUAUGUGAGCAAAGAAUUCGGCCUGAAAACAGCUGUUGGUCACGACCUAUCACUGGUUACUAUGAGCACUGUAUUGAAGAGUAGUUACCAGGCUUUUACUGUUAUGAACACUGUGAAAUAAAAGAUCCUUCAAAGAAAUGA